UACGAGCUGAGCCAGCCAAACUCUGCUGUAGCCACAGAAGGCAAAGACUCUGAGAAACGUCUUCACACAUCCAGGCUGGAGCCAGAUCCCACAGGUUUUACCUCCCAGAUCCUCCAGCUGCUGACUCCUUGUUUUGAACUCUUCUGCUUGCUGGGCUCCUCUUUGUCGCUGCCUGUCUGGGUGCGCUGAGCGAUGAAGAUCCCUCUGUGGUGCCUGGUGGUGCUGCUGGCAUGUCUCUUCACCCCUGGACGCAGCGACUGUCAGGGGCAAUGUAUGGCCUGUGGACUGCUCCUGCAGCAACAGCAGCUGGAACAAACCUUCAACACCAUGGUGUGUUUGUUGGAAUGCGAGGGUCGCAUCUCCUCUUCGCUGACGUGGGAGGUAUGCAAACGUGCUGUGAAGCUAUCGCUCCAUCCUACACUUUCUGAAGGAGGUGCUCUCUUCAAGAGAACGGGAGAAGAGCUGGAGCUGACCUCUCUCGACCUGAACUCUGACAGUGAACUGGUGCAGUCGACAGCUGCGGAGCGUUUCCAGGAGGGGGAUCGGGAUGAGACACCCUUCGAGGUGCGCAGCGUCCAGUAUGACUCAUCGCUGCUGGGAUCCUCUGAGGAGGGGGAGGGCCUGCAGAGUCUGGAUCUCAGUCUGACGGAUGAAGAGCAGAAGCCCAGAGAGGAGAGGAACGUGGAAAGCGAUGGCCAGCUAGAGGCCAAUGAAGGUGAGAGCUCAGAGGGCAUCGCCUUAUCUAAACGCUUUGGCGGCUUUCAGAGGGGGCGCCACGCAUACAGGAAGCUGCUGGGCUCAUCAAUGAGGCCGCUACAGAAGCGCUACGGCGGGUUCAUAGGCGUCCGGAAAUCUGCCCGCAAAUGGAACAGUCAGAAACGGGUCAACCAGCUGCUGAGGCAGUACCUGGGCAUGAGGAGCAACCGCAGCGGCAGAUUCAACCCCAUGCCCAUGAGCCGCUUGUGGAGGCAACACAAACUGUAAAGUGUUUCCGGGGCACCGCCUCUGGUUACCUCAACCUGUCAACCAUUUUUUUUCACAGCAGCUCACUCCAGUUUGAACUGUGACGUCAUCAGAAGAACAGACUCCGCCAUCUUGCUGCGCCUCACUUUGUGUCUCCAAGUAACAAAGAAUGUUUUGACCGUGAUGUCGUUCCUAUUAACCACAUUUACAUUCUGUCAAAUAAAAGAA